GUGUGAUAAGCUAAAUAAAUAAUACUACAUUUUCAAGUUUCGUUUAAAGUUCGAAUCUCGUUUAGCUCCCGUUUUCCCCGUGGGAUUCCUCUAGUGUGAUAAACCCCUUUGGUUUGGUCACGUCCUCCGUUUCUCUUGAAACGCGAGCGCCUUGUCCUCCUUUUCAGUUAGACCCUCUGGCCAUACUGACCCCUUCUCAGUGUGCAAACACAUGAGCUGUGCAUGUGAGGAAAGGAGGGCUUUAUCCUCGCUCUGUGGUGGCUGUGUAUUUGUGUGGGAACAAUUGCGGUUAAGACAAGCGCCUGAGGUUCGGGGAAAGUGGCCCGAGGGCGGCCAUGUCUUUCCGGAAGGCUCUCUUUUGGCUCCUGGCGGGCGCCUGCGGCUUAGCCAUGCUGGGCUACUGCCUUUAUUUUGACCGCAAACGGCGAGGCGCCCCUGACUUCAAGCGGAGGCUGAGGGAAAAAAGAAGAAAAGAGAAUGAAAAGGCAAAAGAGCGUGAUACAAAGUUUCGCAAGCUGAAAGAUACUGCAAAGCUACAAGAUUUCUUUCUGCAAGAGAUACAGUUGGCAGAGCAAUGGCUGGCAAUAGGUGAGCACACGAAGAGCACUGAACACCUUGCCAAUGCCAUUUCAGUGUGUACACAUCCAAACGAACUACUGAAAGUCCUCGAACAGACUCUGCCACCCCACGUAUUUGAGAUGCUUCUGCAUACCAUUCCAUAUGCAGUGGAGAGGCUUGAGACGGCACUGAAUGAACAGGAUUAGAAAUGAGAGAACACAGCAUCACGCAAAGGGCUGCUCUUAAGGCAGGACCUUAUGACAGUCUAUGAGCCUUCAUUUCAAAAUACUUCCAAUAAAGACAG